CCUGUAUAAUUCCCAUUGAAUAGAAAUUUAAACAAUCACCUCAGCAGCGUAGAAAACGUUAAAACCAUCUCGCAAACCAUGACAGGCCGCUGAAGAAUAACGGAGAGAAGGGAAUGGCGUAUUUAGCGCGUUCGAGUUGUGCUGAAUUCCUGUCAGAGUCGAAGUGGAAUGUUUGCUUUUCCAGAUAAGGAUGAAAUAUGGUCUUCAUUAUGGAUGUGACAGUCGCAGAAUAUAUUCGGAGAACGGUGUUGCGAAUCCCGCGUUCAGAAACCAGAACAAUGUUGACCAGGUGGAAGUUUCUGUCCGACUCCCAGCUUCAGUCUUUAAACACGAAUCAGAAGAAGGAAGAUAUAUCCAGAGAAGUUGUUGAACUCUGUCAGGAAAACUGUGCAACUAUCACGCAUGCAGCCGAUCUUGACAUGAUUUACAGCUACACCUAUCGGGACAAAAUGCUCUGGGAUGUGUAUCAGAUGAUCAGAGAAGAAGAUCUACUUUAUUUGGCAGGUGAUGAAAAUGACUUUUUUGACUUGGCAAAUUUUACAAAGAAGUUUGAAGAAAGCCUUCGGUCAUCCUUCAAAAAUGUAACUAUCACUUUUAAAGAAUUUGAAGAUAAUUCAAUAUGGAUUCGAGUUGCAUGGGGAGCACAGUAUAGAAAACCAAACCAGUACAAGCCAAGUUAUGUUGUUUACCACUCACAGACUCCUUAUGUCUUCAUCUGUAAAUCUAUAAAUAAAAGCUCCAUGCCUCUGCUUUUUCAGGCACUGCUGGUUGCUGCAAAUUACAGUGAUAUCCAUGAAAUGGACCUCCGAAGCCGUUGUUUAGAUUCCCUUAAAGAUAUUGUAUUUAAGCGAUGUAGCAAGAGCUUUCCAACCCAUCACCUACAACCUCUCCAAGAAAAAAACAGCAAUCUGGAAAAUGUGGAUCCAAGGAUAAUUCGGGAAGAUAAGCAUGAAAAGGAAAGAAUUCAAAGGAUUGAUCGAGAAACCUUUGGUGAUGGUCCUCAACCAAAACUAGAGUUUGCACAAUAUCGGCUUAAGACAACAUUCAGAGGCGAUCUAAUAAAUGACAUCUUGCCUAAUAUAGAACCAUUUAGAUGUACGGUCAAGUUUUCCAGUCCUCAUCUUUUAGAAGCCUUACGAUCCCUAGCACCAGCUGGGAUAGCAGAUGCUCCACUCUCCCCGUUACUUACUUGCAUCACACAAAAAGCCAGGAACCAUUUUAAUAUCCGAGAGAGAGAAGGUGCACAUUCAAAGAACUCUCCUGGUCAGGGACGUAUUUACAAGUAGACAAAAAACUCAUCUAGCCAUUUUCAUGGAUUAUGAUUUGACUAAAGGGAAAUGACACAGAAUCUACGCUGAGUUCUCCACUGUUCAUUGCAUCCUGUUACAGUAGAACAAUGGUCAAAUUGGUAGGUUAUCUAAACUUCUUUGACUCUGUGACAUGUUUUGGUGUAUCUAUCUGGUACAAUCUCUGGCCGAACUUUUUCUACAUUGCUUCUGUAAUAAUCAAAAGCAAUCUUCUGUGGUAGGCCAUAAGGUCAAACUUUAUGAAACUGAGGAAUCGGUUGUCAUAUUACCUUUGGGGCACUUGCUUGGUCUCAGCUAGUUGAAUUCUCAUUUUUAAUACAGUAUUACAACUUUAUUCAACAUGAUGCAGUCUUCAGUUGUGAAAAUAUAUGGUCAUACUUAGGCCUGCUGGUAAUUAAAGCUGAUAAAUGUUGGGUGUAGUUUUUUGCUUAUGAAAUAAUAAAUAAAUUACAUUUUA